ACAGUGAGGGUGAGUGAUUUGGGAUGCGCCCCUGUACAGUGUGUAUAUCUGAUUUGGGACGCGGCCCUGUAGCUGUGUUUCUCUCAGGAUGCAGGGAGUUUGAACGGUUUGUUUUCUCUGCACUGGUGUGAGUUUAUCAGCUUCACGCCGAGCAGCAGGUCGCUGGGAUGAUGAAUCAAGUCUCCUGAUCCUGACAGAGGUAUUUUCAGUGCUGCUGAUGGCGUGAGAGCUGAAGUUCUCUAUUUUCUCCUCCUGGAAGCUUCGUCAGAUCUGCACCGAUGGAUCACAGGUCGCAGUCUCCAUCAUCUGAGAAUAAGGAAAACCCUCAAGCUGUUACUCACAAUCCAUCUGACCAAGCGUCCAGAGAAUCAGAUCACGCAGGAACUCUGUCCGCUUCCUGUGAGUCGUCAGGGCGCAGGUUCAGGUCGGUCGAGGAAGCUCGGGAGAAGCUCAAGUUCAUCCUGGGUGCGUCAGAAGACAACUCGUCCGACGAUGAGGCUUCCACUUCGGCCAAAUCCCACAUCAGAAGAGGGAGCGACGCACCUGAGGCCACCUUACAGGACACGGGCGCGUCCCAAACCACAAGCAUGAGGCCUAGCAUGUCUGGUCUUCACCUGAUGAAGAAAGGUCGUGAGCAGAGAAGGAUGGACGUACCUCGAGAUUUCACUGUGGCCUCUCCGGCCGAGUUCGUCAAGCGAUUCGGAGGAACCCGCAUCAUAGAAAAGGUGCUGAUCGCCAAUAACGGCAUUGCAGCAGUGAAAUGCAUGCGCUCUAUUCGCCGCUGGUCCUACGAAAUGUUCCGCAACGAGAGAACCAUCCGCUUCGUAGUGAUGGUGACGCCUGAGGAUCUGAAAGCUAACGCGGAGUACAUUAAAAUGGCGGAUCACUACGUGCCGGUUCCUGGUGGGCCGAACAACAAUAACUACGCCAACGUGGAGAUGAUCGUGGACAUCGCAAAGAGAAUUCCAGUACAGGCAGUGUGGGCCGGCUGGGGUCACGCGUCGGAAAACCCAAAGCUGCCGGAGCUGCUCCAUAAAGCGGGAAUUUCAUUUUUAGGGCCGUCCAGUAAAGCCAUGUGGGCUCUGGGAGAUAAAGUGGCGUCUUCCAUUGUAGCUCAGACUGCAGGAAUCCCCACUUUACCCUGGUCUGGAUCUGGACUGAAGGUAGUGUGGGGAGAGGAAGAACAGAGACUGGGUCAUGUGAUCAGCGUCCCGCCGGAGCUCUACGCCAAAGGCUGCGUUAGAGAUGUGGACGAAGGCCUCGCUGGUGCAGAGAAGAUUGGCUAUCCUGUAGUGAUCAAGGCGUCAGAGGGCGGAGGAGGGAAAGGGAUCAGGAAAGUGGACAGUGCUGAAGAUUUCCCCAGCUUUUUCAGACAGGUCCAGGUGGAGGUGCCCGGCUCGCCCAUCUUCAUCAUGCAGCUAGCUCAGCACGCACGCCACCAGGAGGUGCAGAUCCUGGCAGACGAGUACGGAAACGCCAUCUCUCUGUUCGGAAGGGACUGCUCCAUCCAGCGCCGCCACCAGAAGAUCAUCGAGGAGGCUCCAGCCACCAUCGCCUCAGCCUCCACCUUCCAGCAGAUGGAGAGGUAUGCCGUGCGCAUGGCUAAGAUGGUGGGCUAUGUGAGUGCUGGAACAGUAGAGUACCUGUUUUCAGAGGACGGUAGUUUCCACUUCCUGGAGUUAAACCCCAGACUGCAGGUGGAGCAUCCGUGCACAGAAAUGAUUGCAGACGUUAAUCUCCCAGCUGCCCAACUACAGAUAGCGAUGGGGAUCCCUCUGCACAGGAUGAAGGAAAUCCGUGUGCUGUAUGGAGAGUCUCCAUGGGAUGAUGCUCCCAUUAAUUUUGAGGAUCCGGAGUGUGUCCCCUGUCCUCGAGGACACGUCAUCGCCGCUCGCAUCACCAGCGAGAACCCGGAUGAAGGCUUUAAGCCGAGCUCGGGCACGGUGCAGGAGCUGAAUUUCCGCAGCAGUAAGAACGUGUGGGGCUACUUCAGCGUGGGGGCCACAGGGGGGCUGCACGAGUUCGCCGACUCGCAGUUCGGACACUGUUUCUCCUGGGGAGAGAACCGAGAGGAGGCCAUCUCUAACAUGGUGGUGGCCAUGAAGGAGCUGUCUAUCCGGGGAGAUUUCAGGACCACAGUGGAGUAUCUGAUAAAGCUGCUGGAGACGGAGAGCUUCAGGAACAAUGACAUUGACACGAGCUGGCUGGACCACCUGAUUGCCGAGAAAGUGCAGGCAGAGAGGCCGGACACCAUGCUGGGGGUGGUGUGUGGAGCUCUGAACGUAGCCGAUGCCAGUUUCAGGAAAAGCAUGUCUGACUUUCUGCACUCUCUUGAGAGAGGUCAGGUGUUACCUGCUGCCAGUCUGGUGAACACCGUGGAAGUGGAUCUGAUCUACGAGGGGAUUAAAUACUGUCUCAAGGUGGCCCGUCAGUCUCCCACCACCUACGUGAUCAUAAUGAACGGCUCGGACAUUGAGAUCGACGUACACAGGCUGAGCGAUGGUGGCCUUCUCCUCUCCUACAGCGGCAGCAGCUACACCACCUACAUGAAGGAGGAAGUCGACAGUUUCCGGAUCACUGUGGGCAAUAAGACGUGUGUGUUUGAGAAGGAGCGAGACCCCACAGUGCUGCGUUCACCCUCCGCUGGUAAACUGCUGCAGUACAUAGUGGAGGAUGGAGGACACGUGAUGGCAGGAUAUCCGUACGCCGAGAUCGAGGUGAUGAAAAUGGUGAUGACGCUGAGUGUGCAGGAAUCAGGCUGUGUUCACUUUGUUAAGCGACCUGGAGCCGUGUUAGAGCCCGGCUGUGUGGUGGCUCAUAUCGCCCUGGACGACCCGAGCACCGUUUACCCGGUGCAGCUGAACACACAGCCAUUACCUCCGCAGGAGCCGCUGCCGAUAGUGGGGGAGAAACUGCACCAGGUCUUCCACAGCAUGCUGGAGAACCUGAUGAAGGUCAUGGAUGGAUACUGCCUCUCUGAGCCCUACUUUAGCAGCAGACUGAAUAAGUGGGUGGACUCUCUGAUGCGGACGCUGCGUGACCCCUCGCUCCCGCUGCUGGAGCUGCAGGACAUCAUGACCAGCGUCUCAGGUCGUAUCCCCAUCACAGUGGAGAAGGUCAUCCGCAAGGUCAUGGCCCAGUACGCCAGCAACAUCACCUCCGUUCUCUGCCAGUUCCCCAGCCAGAGGAUUGCGAAUAUCCUGGACAGUCAUGCAGCCACACUGCAGAGGAAAGCAGACCGUGAGGUUUUCUUCAUGAACACUCAGAGCAUCGUGCAGCUCGUGCAGAGGUAUCGUAGUGGUAUUCGAGGCUAUAUGAAGGCCGUAGUGUUGGACCUGCUGCGGCGUUACCUGCAGGUGGAGAUACAGUUCCAGCAGGGCACGUAUGAUAAGUGUGUGAUAAACCUGCGAGAGCAGUACAAGCCUGACAUGACCCCUGUGCUCGAGCACAUCUUCUCCCAUGCUCAGGUCUCCAAGAAGAACGUCCUCGUCUCCAUGCUCAUAGAUCAGCUGUGUGGGCGGGACCCGAUGCUAACGGACGACGUGGUGGUCGUCCUGAACGAGUUCACGCAGCUCAGUAAGAUGGAGAACUCGAAGGUCGCGCUGUGUGCCAGACAGGCUCUAAUUGCGUCCCAUUUGCCCUCGUAUGAAGUGAGACACAACCAGGUGGAGUCCAUCUUCCUGUCUGCUAUAGACAUGUACGGCCACCAGUUCUGCCCCGAGAACCUCAAGAAACUCAUCCUGUCUGAGACGUCUAUCUUUGAUGUUUUGCCCAGCUUCUUCUACCACAAUAACCGCGUGGUGUGCAUGGCUGCAUUAGAGGUGUAUGUGAGGAGGGGUUAUAUAGCCUACGAGCUGAACAGUCUGCAGCACCACCAGAUGAAGGAUGGCACGUGUGCUGUGCACUUUCAGUUCAUGCUCCCUUCAUCCCACCCCAACAGAGAGCCAUACAUCAGAGUGAGUCACUCCAUUCCCAAACCCACAGGGAGCAGUCCCACGCUGAACAGGUUGCCAGUGAGCGGGUCGGGGCAGUUUGAUUCAAUGCAGCGUCAGGGCAGUGAGCUCUUCCUGGAGGGGGCGUUAUCUCCUCCCUGUCAGAGGAUGGGAGCCAUGGUGGCCUUCCAGUGCUUUGAUGACUUCAAAAGGUGUUUUGAUGAGGUCAUUUCCUGUUUCGCUGACCCCAUGUGUGAGAGCACACUGUUCUCUGAGACUGUUUAUGACGAAGAGAGCAUUAAAAACAUGAGGGAGAAUCCCAUCCACAUCAUUAACGUCUCCAUCAAAUCAGCCGACACUGAGGACGACGACGCUUUAGUUACGGCGUUCAGCGACUUCGCUCAGUCUAAAAAAGCUGUACUGUACGAAUACGGAAUCAGGAGAAUCACCUUCCUGGUGGCACAGAAAAGGGAAUUUCCUAAAUUUUUCACAUUCCGAGCCAGAGAUGAGUUCCAGGAGGAUCAGAUCUACCGGAACCUGGAACCGGCUCUGGCCUUCCAGCUGGAGCUGAACCGCAUGAGGAACUUCGCCCUGACCGCUGUACCCUGCGCUAACCACAAGAUGCACCUGUACCUGGGUGCUGCCCGUGUCGAGGAGGGCACUGAGGUCACCGACUACCGCUUCUUCAUCAGAGCCAUCAUCCGCCACUCCGACCUCAUCACCAAGGAGGCAUCGUUUGAGUACCUUCAGAACGAAGGUGAGCGUUUGCUCCUGGAGGCGAUGGAUGAGCUGGAGGUGGCCUUCAGCAACACGCACACACGCACAGACUGCAACCACAUCUUCCUCAACUUCGUCCCCACCGUCAUCAUGGAUCCCAUUAAGAUUGAGGAGUCGGUGCGCUCCAUGGUGAUGCGUUACGGCCGGCGUCUGUGGAAGCUCCGAGUGCUGCAGGCUGAGCUCAAGAUCAACAUACGCCUCACACCGAACGGCAACACCGUCCCCAUCCGCCUGUUCCUCACCAACGAGAACGGCUACUACCUCGACAUCAGCCUGUAUGAGGAGGUCACAGACACGGCAUCAGGCCAGAUCAUGUUCAAGUCGUACACAGAGAAGCACGGCCCCCUGCACGGCAUGCUCAUUAACACGCCGUACGUCACCAAAGACCUGCUGCAGGCCAAGCGCUUCCAGGCCCAGAGCCUCGGCACCACGUACGUCUACGACUUCCCCGAGAUGUUCCGCCAGGCUCUGUUUAAGCUGUGGGGUCCUGGGGAUAAGUACCCGAAAGAUGUUCUGCUGUGUAACGAGCUGGUGCUGGAUCCUCAGGGCCGACUCGUGCAGAUGAACCGACUGCCCGGAGACAACGAGGUGGGCAUGGUGGCGUUCCGCAUGAAGAUGAAGACCCCUGAGUACCCUGAGGGGCGUGACAUCAUCGUGAUCUGUAAUGACAUCACGUAUAAGAUCGGCUCGUUCGGGCCUCAGGAGGACCUGCUGUUCCUGCGGGCGUCGGAGCUAGCGCGAGCCGAGGGAAUUCCCCGCAUUUACAUCGCCGCUAACAGUGGGGCUCGCAUCGGCCUCGCCGAGGAGAUCAAACACAUGUUCCAGGUGGCCUGGAUCGAUCCAGCCGACCCCUACAAGGGAUUUAAGUAUUUAUAUUUAACACCUCAGGACUACACUCGCAUCAGCUCAACCAACUCCAUCCACUGCCGCCAUGUGGAGGAGGGAGGAGAGUCCAGGUACAUCAUCACUGACAUCAUUGGGAAGGAGGAUGGGCUUGGUGUAGAGAACCUCAGAGGUUCUGGGAUGAUUGCGGGCGAGUCGUCACAGGCGUAUGAGGAGAUCGUCACUAUCAGUAUGGUGACGUGUCGGGCGAUAGGCAUCGGAGCGUACCUGGUUCGACUCGGACAGAGAGUGAUCCAAGUGGAAAACUCUCACAUCAUCCUGACUGGAGCAGGAGCACUAAACAAGGUUCUUGGUCGUGAGGUUUACACCUCCAACAACCAGCUGGGCGGCGUGCAGAUCAUGUACAACAAUGGAGUCACACACACCACGGUGCCGGACGACUUUGAGGGUGUUUUCACCAUCCUGCAGUGGCUCUCCUACAUGCCAAAGAAUAAGCUCAGUCCUGCACCUCUGAUGCCCCCUACUGAUCCAGUGGAAAGAGAGAUUGAUUUUAUCCCUACCAAGGCUCCCUACGACCCUCGCUGGAUGCUCUCCGGACGUCCUCAUCCCAGCGUGAGGGGGGCGUGGCAGAGUGGGUUUUUCGACCAUGGCACCUUCAUGGAGGUGAUGUCCACCUGGGCUCAGACUGUGGUGGUGGGCAGGGCUAGGCUGGGAGGGAUUCCACUCGGGGUCAUCGCUGUGGAAACACGGACCGUUGAGGUCACGAUCCCAGCAGAUCCGGCCAAUCUGGACUCAGAGGCGAGGAUCGUGCAGCAGGCGGGGCAGGUGUGGUUCCCGGACUCGGCUUAUAAAACCGCUCAGGCCAUGAAGGACUUUAACAGAGAGAAACUUCCACUCAUGGUGUUUGCCAACUGGAGAGGCUUCUCUGGCGGCAUGAAAGACAUGUAUGACCAGGUGCUAAAGUUUGGUGCAUACAUCGUGGAUGCCCUGAGGGAGUUCCAUCAGCCCGUGUUGGUCUACAUCCCCCCACAUGCUGAGUUGAGAGGAGGAUCAUGGGUAGUGAUCGACCCCACCAUCAAUCCACAGUACAUGGAGCUCUAUGCUGACAGGGAGAGCAGGGGAGGUGUGUUAGAGCCAGAGGGCACGGUGGAGAUUAAGUUCAGAAGGAAGGAUCUGCUGAAGACCAUGAGGAGGAUCGACCCUGAGUACUCCCGACUGGCCCAGCAGCUCAGUUCUCCAGAUUUAUCGGAGAAGGAGCGCAGUGAUGUGGAGGCUCAGCUCACAGACAGAGAGGAGUUUCUGCUGCCCAUCUACCACCAGGUGGCCAUACAGUUCGUCGACCUCCACGACACACCCGGGAGGAUGCAGGAGAAAGGAGUUAUCACGGAUAUCUUGGAGUGGAAGAAUGCUCGGUCGUUUUUUUACUGGCGUCUGCGGCGCCUCCUGCUGGAGGAGAAGGUGAAGAGUGAAAUCGUGCAGGCCAACAGAGACCUGAGCAACGGCCAUAUAAAGUCCAUGCUGCGCCGCUGGUUCAUCGAGACUGAGGGAACUGUCAAAGCUUACCUGUGGGACAAUAAUAAAGCGGUGGUCGAGUGGCUGGAGAAACACCUGUCACAGCAGGAGGGGCUGCGGUCAGUCAUCAGAGAAAACAUCAAAUACCUGAAGAGGGACUACGCCCUUAAACACAUCCGCAGUCUCAUGGAGGCGAAUCCAGAAGUAGCGAUGGACUGCAUCAUCCACAUGGCUCAGAACAUCACUCCAUCUCAGAGAGCCAAAGUUUCCCACCUGCUGGCCACCAUGGACAACUCGACCAACACCGGCUAACACUGUAACACACAAUAACACACCAGUCAGCUCAGUGCCAGUGUCAGUGGGCAUUCGUUAGCAUCAGUGGGCAUUCUGGCUGCCUGCGCUUACGUAGGUAAGAAUCAGGUAAGAAAGUAAAAGUUUCGUGAAAAGAACAACUAUGUUUUCUAUAUUGUUGUGUCUGUAAGGAUCAGAGUGACUCCACACAAAGCAUACACACACACACACACACAUAACGUGCAAAGCCAUGUGAGGGCACUUCAGUUCAGUGUGCACAUAUUGGGCAUUUCACAUUAAAAACAUUGUGAAAUAUGUUAUUGUUGUCUAACUAUUCCUGUAAGUGUUUAAAUUCACAAUAUCCUACACCAGUGUUGCCUUGAAAUGAACGCACAAAACCAAGCACCUCCACUUCUUUCCAUAAGCUCUGUCUGCCUUUCACGUUUUGCACGCUGUAAUUAUCAUUACGACUAUUUCAGUAUACAUGUUGUAAAGCUUUAGACCCGGGGUGGCACAUUCAGUUCUGCAGAGCCUCAGCAGUGCCGAGUUCAGUCCUUAUUAACGCACAGAGCCUCAGCAGGAUGAAAGCUGAACUCUGCAGUGCUUUCGGGUUCCACACCCGUGUCUUUCACCUCUAGUGUGAAUGAAUGUACCAUAUCAAGCUUUAUGCUAAAAGAUUAGUAUAUUGUAGGUGGUGUGUUUGUUUUAAGACGCACACAUGCACACGCACAUACGCACAAUUCCAAACAUGGUGUUCAUUCAGGGAAACUGUGCUGGCAUGCCAAAGAAACAAACUGCUUUUAUGUAGUUUUUAAUGUAAGUUGCAGUAUUAUGAGGAGAACCACUGAACCUGUGUGAACCAUUUCUAGGUUUUUAAUGUGUAUAUAUUUGUGAACCAACUCAGGUUUAGUCAUUUUUUAAAAAAAUGUAUAAAUGUAUUUUAAAAACAAACCUGCCAGUAUAUGCCUUUUAGCUCAUUUCAUCGGGGAAAAAAAAAUCCCUAGCUGCUGGGUAAAGCAUUUCAAGGAAGAUCUGAGUGUCAUGUAUAUCACACGGUUAGCGUUUACACUGAGAACAGUAGUGAAUGCUAUAGUUAAACGUAAGCUUUAUAAUAAUGCUGGUUGUUUCACUACUAGUCGAGAUUGAGAGAAAACAUCAGUAGUGAUUUUGGAAAAUGUUUUUAAUAAAGUGCCUGAAUUUCGCUGUCUAUCAGGAUGUUUUUAAAAAGAUGACUGCUGUAUGAUGUAUGCCUCAAAUAAAAUGGCCUAAACGUUCCCACACA